ACCCCCUGCAUUGAAGUUUUACUCGGCCGUGGAUGGCAGUAGUUGGAGGAAAUGUCACUCUAACUUGGAACUCUGGACACUUUCAACUACAAUCUGAAGUGGUGAUGCUGACGUUCUUCUAAUUUUUUCACCAUGAGCUCUUGUGUCUAGUGAGGCAUGUGAUUAGGAUGGUUCAGGCAGGCAGUGUGUGCUAUGUUCAUAGAAAGGGAAUGUGAGGGAGUGUGUGUGUGAUGGGUUGGACAGUGCACUGUGAGGAUAAAGUGUUCCUUGAGGUUUAUCUAACCCCCCCAUUGGUGGCAAGACCACAGUAACCACCUCCAGAUGUUUGAGACCACAAUCUGAUUAUUAACAACAAGGCCAAUGAACAUCGCCCUCUUCAUACUAUAACGCUUACUCUUUGCUCCUUUGGCAAUCCUCAAGUUAAUGCUUAAUCUAAGUACAGACCCUAAAUUGCUAAGGCCAAGCCCUGUUUAUGGGAGGGAGGUUACUUGGACGCGAACAGAUCAGUCAUCGCAGACCAGAGCCAUACAAGCUCAGAGACUCAUCAGACUCAUCUCUACCAGUCAAUGAACUGGACCUUCAGGACUGACAAUAGGAAGCAGCCACCAUGCCGAAAGAGAGCUUUACAACAAAGGCAUUCGCCGUUGCCUUUGUCGUCCUGACCGUGUCUGUCAUUGCCGGCAUUGUCACCAUGACCAUUUUCUACAAGAUUGAGAUCUCUAACAUGAACGCGACGGCCAGGCCAACCUUCCCAUCCACCACGACAGGACCACCACCUGUCAUGCGGCUGCCAAAGAAUCUCAUACCUUACAGCUACAAGGUCUUCCUCCAGCCUCACCUCUACACCCAAAUCAUUGAGGUGGUAAAUGUGACCAGUCCCAACCAGACGAUGCUCUUCACCGGAAACUCUACAGUUAACUUUCACUGUGUCCAGAGGACUAGCACCAUCUACCUUAACAGCAAGUACCUGACAGUUUCUAAUCCAGAGGUAAAGGACAAAAACACAAAUAAGAUGAUAGAUGUUUCCGCACUUAAUCACCACAAAGACGAAAGUGACUUCCUCGAGAUCCAGUUGAACAGUGCAUUGGAGGCAGGAAGGAACUACAGUUUGUUUCUGGCUUUCAAGGGAGAAAUAUCAGAAAAUCUUGAUGCACUGUAUGUAAGCACAUAUCUUGAAGGUGAUCCAAGUACAGAGAGAUUCCUUGCCGCCACCAACAUGCAACCAACAGACGCCAGGAGAGUGUUUCCUUGUUUCGAUGAGCCAGAAAUGAAGGCCGUGUUUGAUGUGACCAUAAUCCACAGGCGAGACACGAUAGCUCUAGGAAAUGAGAAAAAGUCAGGCUCCAAUAUUAUAGACGAUGACUGGCAAUACACUAGUUUUCAUCCAACACCGAAGAUGUCAACAUACUUGUUUGCCUUCACGGUUUCAGAGUUCACAUCAACCCCCUCCCCACAUGAGCGUGUGGAAAUUAAAACGUUUGCUCGUCCUGACGCCACUGCAGCAGGACACACUCAAUAUGCAGCCAGCAUAACCGGAAAGAUUCUCAAGUUCUACGAGAGUUAUUUUGAAAUUGAUUACCAACAGAAAACGCUAAAUCAAAUUGCACUGCCAGACUUAAAUGCUGCAGCAAUGGAAAACUGGGGACUGAUCACAUACCAGGAGGGAGGCCUGCUCUAUGAGGAAGGAGUGUCCUCACUGUUGCAUAAGGAAGUGAUCGCCACUCUCAUUGCACAUGAACUGGCACACCAGUGGUUUGGAAAUCUGGUGACAAUGAAAUGGUGGAAUGAAAUUUGGCUGAACGAGGGCUUUGCCACCUACAUGUCAUACCUUGCAGUGGACAACGCUGAGCCUACAUUUAAAAUAAAAGACACAUCUGUCUUGAGCGAUCUCCAUAUAGCAUUUGAGGAGGAUGCUCUGGCCUCAUCCCAUCCUCUCAGUCCUCCGCAGGAAGAUGUCCAGACGACUUCUAAGAUCACUGAGAUGUUUGAUGUUAUAACCUACUGUAAGGGUGCAAUUGUGCUGAGAAUGCUGGCAGAUGUCGUGGGGGAAAAGGUUUUCAACGAAGGGAUCAAAAUGUACCUGUCUGACUUUAGGUUUAAAAACACUGACCAGAAUGACCUCUGGGAAUAUGUACAAAAGGCCGUAAAUAAGGAUGGUGGUCACAUCAAAGUUGCCAAAGUGAUGGACACCUGGACCAAUCAAAUUGGCUAUCCUGUCAUCACCAUCAACACUACCAGUGGAGAAAUCUACCAGAAGCACUUCCUGUUCAAUGAUUCUUCCGAAUCUAGUCUUUGGUGGUACAUCCCGAUCAGAGUUAUGUCAAAUACAUCUGAAUCUUCAUUUGUCUCAUUGGAAACCAGCGACACAGUAAAGAAAGACGAAUUCAUUUCUAAGAGUGGAGAGUGGAUCCUGGCAAAUGUCAACUGUACUGGAUACUACAGAGUCAAUUACAAUCCAGAGAACUGGCAACGCCUCCUGACUCAGCUGGAGACAAAUGCACAUCGGAUCCCACUGAUGAACAGAGGGCAGCUUGUUGAUGAUGCAUUUAACUUGGCAAGAGCCAAACUUGUCAAUGUGACUCUAGCUCUGAAUUCAACCCGCUUCCUUCGGAAUGAGAGAGCGUAUCUUCCAUGGGAAUCGGCAGUCAGGAACCUUGAGUACUUUGUCCUCAUGUUUGACCGCUCUGAGGUGUAUGGACCCAUGCAGGCAUACCUCCGGGAACAGGUUAAGGGCCUGUACAGCUUCUUCAGAAACUAUACAGAUAAUUCAGAAGUCCCAAAGGACCACUCCUUACAGCACAACCAGAUCACCGCCAUAGAGGUGGCAUGUUCCAAUGGACUCCCAGAAUGCAUAGCGAUGGCUACAAGGAUGUUUGCCGACUGGAUGAACAACAGCAGCACCAACCACAUCCACCCCAACCUGCGAUCUGUAAUCUAUUGCCAAGCUGUGGCUGCUGGUGGGAAGAAAGAGUGGGAGUUUGCCUGGAACAAGUUUCAGAGCUCCAGCGACACCUCAGAGAAAGAGCAGCUCCGGGAAGCUCUGUCUUGCACCAAAAAGAUCUGGCUGCUCAACAGAUAUCUGGAGUACACUUUGAACCCUGAGAAGAUACGUCUCAUGGAUGUUGCUUCCACCAUUAACUACAUAUCCAAGAACGUCGCGGGGCAGGCGCUGGCCUGGAACUUUAUCAGAGCACACUGGGAAUACGUCAGUUUGGGGGAUGGAGCAAUGCUGAUUGAGGGAGUGACCAGCAGGUUCUCGACACAAUUUGAACUAAAGGAGCUGGAACGUUUUGCGACAGACAAUCAUCUGGGUCCUGCUACCAGGGCGGUGUCCCAGGCCAUAGAGCAGACCCAAAUCAACAUCCAAUGGGUCAGCGAGAACAAAGAUAUUAUAUUAGAGUGGUUUGAAAGAGAAACAGCUUUGUAGAGUGGAAAAACACCAUAUUUUUUAAUUGUUUUAGAGCAUCACAGAUCAGUGGUGCUAGCAGUUUUCAAAUCUGCAGCUGAGUACUCUUAAGACUUUGCUCCUCCACUAAAUCCACUUCAAAAACAAGAACCGAUCAGGAGUGAAUCUCACUUUGCCAGGAAGAUGGACCAGAGAGAUAAUAAUAAUAAUGAUAAUAAUAAUGAAAAAUUCAGUUUCCCACCAAACAAUUUACAAAACUGAACCGUGACUGGGCAGCACAUAAGACAUACAUAGUAUAGUACAGAUGAGAGAAAUGUGGCAUAUAUACUAUAUCAUGCAAUAUUUAUAGUAACAAGAUUUUCACUCCACUGUUUGUGAUUUUUGCACACGUGCUGAUACAGCAUUGGUCAACUCUAAAGUAUAGUUUAUAACAUAUUUAGAUUUAAAAAUCACUUUUGUUCUUCAAAAUUAUAUUAUAAAAAAAUUGUGUUAAUGUUUUUACAGUGGAAAAUGGAUUGAAACUGUCAUGUUUUUAUUAAUCUCCUAGGAAAAACAGAGUGAUUCAGCACAAGUUAGUUGCAACAGCAAAAAUUUACCAGCAUUUUGAUGCUGCCAAUUUCCAGACCAGCUUUUCAACAUUUGCACAAGUCAGAGGCAAAGGACAGAACCUGCUCUGUUUCUUAUAAGGAGCAUGUCUAUAUGUGUAUUAUAUGUUGUAAUCAAGUAACCAAAUUGUUCUUGUAUGUUGCUGAAUUUUUUAAUAAUAAAACAUCGACACUGUGUUAAA